AGGUCGCCCGAGAGAUCGUGUGUCCUGCCGCGGUAUAAAAGCUCCGUCCGGGCUUCACUUUCAUUGCACUUUCUUCGGGCUCAUCACUCAACUCUUCGUCAUGGAUCUUCUGCGAGUGGUUGUUCUCGGGAUGACGCUGGUUUCAGCGAGGGCUGGUGUCGUGCCAGCAGCUCCUCUAGCCGCCUUCCCUGCCCCCGCAGCUUACGCUGCUUUCCCCGCCCCCUUUACCGCCCCCGUCGCCGCGCCAGUGGCCGUCACCAAGUUGGACUACGCCGAUGCCUACCCCCAGUACCAGUUCGCGUACACAGUGCAGGACGCCCUGACCGGAGACUCGAAGGCGCAGGAGGAGACCCGAGACGGCGGCGUCGUGAAGGGCAGCUACAGUCUUAUCGAGCCAGACGGCGUCCGUCGGACGGUCAACUACUACGCAGACCCGGUGAACGGCUUCAAUGCCGUCGUGCAGCGGGACGUGCCGGUCGUCAAAGCGUUUCCCGCCGCCCCACUGUUGAAGGCUGCCCCUAUAUCUGCUUAUGCCGUGUAGAUCCUGCCCCGGUGUGUCCUGGUCUGUCCGGAGGCAAAGUAUCGCUCGCUGCGAAGGUCAGCGCCGUAUGUUCAACUGAUGGCAGUCUGUUUCUUUAACGCCCUGGAGCAUCUAAUUUAAGUAUUUUGUGUCAACAUGGCGGAAUUGUGUUAUUUUUCAUCAUACAAGCCUGCAUGCUGAUGGUCGUUACCAAAUGUGUACUCUUUUCAUUCUCUGCGUCUGCAUUUUUAAAACAAGGGAUGGUUGGUUUAUGUGCCGACUGACUUCCCGCGUACACGCUCAGCCGUCGCCGAAAUACCUCUGACUCCUGAUAAUUAUAAACUUUAUAUUGGCCUGUGUUUAUCAGAUUAAUCUUAUUUAAUUAAAAACAAUCCGGGUUUUAAAGAACUAUACUUCAGACUUCUCCCGUAAGUACAGGGUACUCGCGUUGAGCAAAGAACAGUUUUUUGGUCCUUGCGUUUUUCGUUAUCUCUCGUUUGCUCAGUUGUGGAGAUCACUUUGCGGGAUCUAAGGCAAAGUUAUAAUAUAUCUCACGGUUUGGACUGUGGCAAUGGAAACGCACGCAGCCCUGGCGUGUACACGGCCACCAGAGUCGGCAGAAUUACAUUGCAGCGCUGUACUUGUCGCCAAAAGGAACCAGGAUCACCACAAGCGACUCCCACGCCCAAGCCAACUGGCUACUGUUUGCUGAAGGCUCUCUCGUUUUGUUGAUUUUUAUACGUUAUCUCUGUCUUCUGUGUUUAAAUAAAACAGUAAUCACUGUCA